AUGCCAGUCAAUAUCAGCUUUGCUGAGAGACUAGGCAAUAUAGUGUCAUUAACGAACGGGUUUGUAAACGCUGGGCAAGAAGCGGAUGCGGCUCGCAGGGCAGCCAGAGAGCUUGAGGAGGAGAUACUGAAUACGGCUUCUUCACCACACGAGUAUCAAAGCAAGCUUGCGCAAGCAAUCAGCUCCCUGCAGGGGCCUCCCGCACCAAAGGUCGUGGAACGAACUGAAGAGGCAGAGGAGCCAGAGUUAUUCAAUACCGAGGGACCAAGAUUUGGAGCAUAUCAAUAUGCAACAUUCCAUGCAGAUGGCCAGACGUCAACAAUAUUUAAGGCGCAGGCAAAGGACAGCACGGCAGCAGUGAGGAUAGUGGCACUCAAGGUCACAUACCCGGCGAUGCUAAAACCCCCACAUAACUCUGAAAGAGAGGCUCGACUGCUUGUCAAGGCCCAUCAUGAGCACAUCGUCCCACUCUUGGAUACUCUGCAUGAAUCUGGGGGUCGGUUCGUUCUCGUUUUUCCGUUUCUCCGGCAGGAUGUAGAGAACCUCCUCCGAUCGGGAAGGUUAGACAAAUCCCAGGCCAGCAUGAUCUUCCAGGGACUCCUCAAGGCCUUAGCACAUAUCCAUGCUCUUGGGAUGAUUCACAGAGAUGUCAAACCAUCCAAUAUCCUGCUCAAGACCAUGAAUGGCCCAGUCUAUCUUGCAGAUUUUGGAAUUGCCUGGUCACCAGAAGACAGAGACUCUGAAGCCGCAGACUCGAAAAUCACCGAUGUCGGGACAACCUGCUACAGGCCACCUGAAUUGCUCUUUGGGGACCGAUCAUAUGACGCGUCGUUGGACAUAUGGGCAGCAGGCUGCGUUGUUGCGGAGAUGGUGCGGGAUGGGCAUCAUCCCAUCUUUGAUGCAGGGCCGAUGGGGAGUGAACUCGGGUUGAUCAAGUCCAUCUUUACCACACUGGGCACCCCAAAUGAUCAAGAGUGGCCUUCAGCAAGGAAAUACCCUGACUGGGGGAAAAUGCGAUUCCAGUCAUUCCCAGCCAAAGCAUGGAAGGAUAUCCUACCGGGUGCGACGGAGCAGGCGAUUGACUUCGUCAGCAAGACAGUAUGCUAUGAAUGCACGCAGAGGUUGACUGCUCAACAGGCACUCGAGCAUGAUUUCGCAACUCAAAGUGUAAGCAGCUGA